AAAAAACUGAGUUAGAGUUAGAAAUUGAAAUUUUAGAUUUUAUUGAAUGUUUACCAACUGAUGAUCCUUUAGAUGUGUAUAAAUAUAUUGAAGUCAAUAAUUAUAUAAAUAUUGAAGAAAAUUUAACUGUAAAUAAUAUCAUAGAUUUAGUAAAUGGACAAGAUAAGAGUGAACUAGAAGAAGAAAAAAGUGAAGAAAUAGUUAAAAUUGGUGAUGCAAUUGUAGGACUCAAUAACUUGAUAAAAUAUAUUUAG